AUGGCUACACCCGCCCACUGCCUCUACUGCUUCGAGGUGCUGGCCGCCGAGCUCCAGGACCGCGAGCCCCUGUCCCUCAAGGAGGUGCAAAAGUCCUUCCUCGAGUACGCCAAGGCCACCGCCGGCUCCUCCGGCCCAGACGGCCUCGCCAAGCGCCUGCCCGCCCUGCGCCGCCUGGCCGACGCCUCGACGGGCUCGUCGUCCACCUCCACCUCCACCACCAGCCUCUCCACAGGCGCGCAGCAGUCCUCCUCGGACGGCGGCGACGGCAGCGGCGGCGCGGACACGCCCAUGACGUCCCUCUCGUCGCUGCCCGGCGAGGACGACGACGACGACGAAGAAGACGAGGAGGAGGAGGAGGACGAGUCCCCGCUCUUCGUGACCUGGAACACCGUCUCCCCGCGCCACGGCCACAGCCUGCGCGGCUGCAUCGGCACCUUUGAGCCGCAGCCGCUCGAGGAGGGCCUCUCGUCGUACGCCCUGACCUCGGCCCUGCAGGACGUGCGCUUCGACCCCGUCGCCGCCCGCGAGCUGCCCUCGCUCGAGGUCGCCGUCACCCUGCUCACCGACUUCGAGGACGCCGCCUCGGCCGACGACUGGGAGCUCGGCACCCACGGCAUCCGCAUCAGCUUCUCGCACCACGGCCGCCGCUACGGCGCCACCUACCUGCCCGACGUGGCCGUCGAGCAAGGGUGGACCAAGGAGGAGACGCUGGUCAGCCUCAUGCGCAAGGCCGGCUGGAUGGGCAAGAAGGACCGCUGGCGCGACGUCGAGCUGAGCGUCGUGCGCUACCAGGGCAAGAAGGAGAGCCUCGAGUACGCCGACUACAAGAAGUGGAGGGAGUGGGUCGACAAGACCAACAAGAAGGCCUAG